UUUUUCUCCGGUUCAACAACUUUUCUUCAACAGCAGUGAAAAUAUGGUUCAUUUACGACUUGGGUUACUGGAGGAAGUCUCAAAAGAAAAAUGCAGAUCCUCUACAGAUUAUUUAUAGCUUGCCUCGUGUUCCUCACGGAAGGAGUGCUAUGUUGCUGUUCUCAAGAGGGAAACCUAACAAACUAUCUUCUGAAUACUACUCGUUACAGCAUGAGGUUCCGACCAGUUCUCCAUGACAACCACACCCUAAAAAUUCGACACAGUUUGAUUCUUUACCGGAUUGUUAAAGUUGAUGAAAAACAUCAUAAAAUUGACUUAGAUGUACGGAUAAAAAUGCAAUGGAAAGAUCAGAACUUAAAAUGGAAUACUUCAGAUUAUGGCGACAUAAAGCAAGUGAACUUAGAUGGAAAUGAAAUAUGGACACCCCAUAUAAUAUUGUACAACAAUGCGGACUUUAACGACUCGGAGACAAGUUCCUUCAAAGCUACGGUGACGUAUGAUGGUAAUGUCACGUGGUUCAUUCCCAUGGUAACAAUGAGCUCUUGCAAAAUAAACGUGCUAAAUUUUCCGUUGGACGAACAGUUGUGUAAAUUGACAUUCGGAUCUUGGAACUAUGACAUCACUAAGCUCAACAUUUACCCGGGUAGUGACAUCAUAUUCACACAGCAUUACCUUCCCAAUGGAGAAUGGCAACUGAUCGGCGCUCGCUCAGAACGAAGCCUUAUGUCACACUUAUGCUGCAAGGCCAUGGUGUCAGGAGUUUCGUAUGUUUUACACAUCAGACGGCUAUCUCCGUUUUAUGUCAUAAAUUUCAUCGUGCCUUGCGCGCUUAUUUCGGUGUUGACACUCCUCGUGUUUCUAAUGCCUGAAGACACCGGCGAGCGGAUGGCAGUAGGAGUUACAAUACUUCUCUCGCUGGCAGUAUUUUUCUUAAUGGUGGAGGAGAAGUUGCCAGUUUCGAAGAACCUUCCAUUGAUUGGUAAAUACUACUGUUGCACAAUUAUCGAAGUUGCGCUGGCCCUUGUUGCCAUGUGUUAUGUGUUGCGGUUUGUUCAUCACCAGGCCCACGCAUUGCCAAGCUGGAUAAAGAAAUAUAUUUUAGGAUACCUGGCGCGAAUCGUAUUCUACAAAACCGAACAAGUAAAAGCUGAGCAAGAGCAGACACCACACAUUAAACCACAAAAAGACCAGAAGGAUUCGCGAGCACCCCGCGGGAGUGAAGAAAGCGAGAAGGCAGUGCGAACAACAGUAAAUAAAUGGAGAAAACCCUUACAUGAAAAGAAGCCUGAGCUCCCUGCUGCCGAGUCCCGCGCGGUCAAAAUCCUGGCUGACAGUGUGAAAGAGCAAGACAAGAAAGAUGAACUACAAGAUCAGUGGGUCCUGGCGGCCAAUGUGCUCAACAGAUUCUUUAUCUGCUUGUUUCUUGCCUCUGUUGUCAUAACUCUUAUUGCUGUAUUUGCAGUGGAUACACGAUUUGAAAACUAAGCCAUAAGUAUUCGCUAGAUGUGUUUGAAGCAGCAGUGUCUUAAGUAACCAAAAACAAAAACACCUUUUUCAGCGCAAUUUUUCACUUCCCUUUGAACGGAGGUGAUUACUCCUUAAAAACGACGGAGGUUUCUAAUAAAUAAUUUUGAGAGGGAUACCACUCAUGUUAAAAACAAUAAUGUUACCACUUUCUUAACAAAAGGAAACCAGGUUUAGUUUCAUAAGUUUUUUCAAAAAAACGAUCAACAAAGCAACAGAUGUAAUUAUGAAGUAAAGUUAUCCAUAGAUAAAAGGUAUUGAAAUUAGACUUCAAAAUUUACUCGAAGUUAUAACAGGUAAUAUUUAUUACCGUUAUUUUGUUUUUCCCUCCAUACUCUAUUCUCUGUGAGAAACAAUUCUUACAUGUUUUGAUUUGAACCCAAUACCCCUAACAUCAGUAUGUAUAUUCUCCCUACUGUUCCCUGUAGAUUUCCCAAGGUGCUGACAAGGAGAAUUGGUUUAACAAUCAAGAGCUACCUCAGAUUGUGAUCAUUUCUUUUAUUCUCAUCACCUUUAUGUGUGAUUCAGGAGUGAUAUUGUAAGGAGAAAUUAGAUGCUGGUCACUCUUAGGAGUGACUCGGUCAAGGUGCUCUCUGAACCAUGGAAACACUGACAUGUAAUUUGUAACAUUGAAAACAAAAUUCUGCCAUUGUCUGCAGACCCUGUCUGUAAUAAAUAAACUAGUGUGCAAACUAUUAAAGCACAAUGAUAAAUAUGGACAAAUUUAUGAAUCUAAAAUAUGUCUACGACAUUGGGUUCCUUUUCGUGUUUGCAUUUGAACAAUGUGACUGUUUUAUUUGUUCUAACUUUGUGGAAAGUAACUCGUGUCAAUUGCGUUCGCUAUAGGACGAAUAAAACCUUGA